CGAGUUGUACCGAGACGAAAUUUUCUGCUGAGGGGGGGAGAAUUGUCGAAUGCAAGUUUUGUUUUUUUUUGUUUUUCUGGUUUGAAAAGAAGAAAAAUUCUUUAAUGAAUGAUAAUUUGUGUGUUGAAAGAAUUUUUUUUUGAUUGACAAAGAAUAUUCCAGUGAUACAGCGACAGUAAUUUAUUUUGGUUUGUUUUGUUUGGUUUGGUUGAAAAGUCGAUUUGUCAACCGAAAAAAAAACGAAGAAAAAAUGAGUACAUUAGAUACAGAAAAAGAUGAAGAUCAAUCAUGGGUGUUGGAUUCAUUGGUUGGUUUUCUUAAAAGUCCAUUAUGGUCAACAUCAUUGAAUGAUUUUAUUGAUCGUCAUUCGAUUAUUUUCGAUCCUAAUGAAAUUGAAGAUGAUAAUGGUAAUGUACAAUAUCAACAAGAAUAUUUAGAUAUAUUUCAACAAUAUAGACGUUUAGUUGAUCAAUUAAUUGGUUCACAUAUGCAAGAAUUAGAUAUUAAUGAACAACAAUUUUCACGUGCAUGUCAAUUAGCUGAAGGUAUGCUGGCAACAAAACUGAAACGAAUUCUGUUUGAAGAAUUAUGGGCUGCUGAAGAUUAUGAAGUAUUCGUACGGUUAAUGUCCAAAAGAAAUGUUGAAUUACAAUUAGAAGCAAUGGAAAUUCUUGUACGUAAAUAUGGUCUGGUUUAUGAUGUUUUUGUACCGGUUGGUACAUCACCGAAAAAUUUCCUAAGUGAAGAUCAUAUUUUACGUGAAGCUAUUGUACGAUCGUUGAAUGAUUUAGAAUUAGAACAUGAUAAAGAUGAUGUGGAUGAUGAAUCGAAACCUAACCGUGGAAAAGUAAUCAGAAAAAAUGUCGAAGUUGAUGUUGAACCAAAUGAUAAUCCGCCAGUAGAAGAAGAAUCGGGUGAGAUUGAUGAUGAAGCAGAAGAAGAAGAAGCAGCAGUGGUAAAAACAGAUAAAGAAACAGUACAAAGAGAUGCAGAAAGAUUGGUUAAAGUAAAACAAAAAUUUGAUCAAAAAAUGACCGAAGCAUUACAAUCAGCAUUUAUGAAUGAUGAUGAUGAUGAUGAUGAUGGUGAUAAAGAAAAAGUCAAAAGUCAGGUUCAGUUAACCCAGAUUGAUGAAGAUGGUGAUGAUGAAUCUGAAUCCAAAGCAAAACAACAACAAAAAGAUUCUUCAAUGAUUUCGAAACCAGGUUUAAGUGAUGAAGAUAUACAUAAAAGAGCUGAUUAUUUACGUGCUCAAAGAGAUAAAAUAUUGAAAAAACGUCAAAAAGAACGUACAGAACGUAUUUCGAAAUAUUUGAUUAAAGAACGACAAUCAAAACAACCACCAUCAGUAUCAUUAUCAUCAACAGGAGAAAUUGCGGAAUCAGAUGCGGCGACGACGACAGCGGAUAAUAAUGGCCGCAUGUUGGCAUUUCGAAAAAGUUUAGCUGCACGUUUGAAAGCUGAAGUUGUACUUGGUGGCGGUGGUGUUGCCAAUCCUACAUCAAAAUCAUCAAAUGAAUAAAUGAAUGGAGAAAAUUUCCUUGGAACAUUUCUCGGAAAGAUUCUCGCUGCAGAGUUGUCCGCAUUUGAUGAUUUAGAAAAUCAUUUCAGAA